GAGAGCAAGGAAGGUGCUUUCCAGAACCAGCUUUUUAAGGUGUUUGUAGCAAUUGUAUGUUAUUUCUUUUCAGUACAUUCCUUUUUUCUGCAUGAUCCAUCUCCUGCUGUAAUACAGGCUGUUUAGUACAAUAUUUCUGUCUCUCUGUCUGUGGGAGGGACUUGCAGGGAAAGUGAAACUUAACCAGUUUCCAACGUGCUAUAAAUAAAGCAACAGCAGCUAAAAUCUCAUUUCACAUUCAGCUGUUGAAACAAUGGCAUAUUUCAUCCAAAUCCUGUAUUUUCUACAACUGGCCCCUCAUGCUCUCUGUGUGUCUCCAGAUCCUGUCGAUGUGACCAUUGACUCUCAAAACUUUCAGCAUUUCCUGAGAUGGCAACCUGGAGCAGGUACUCCUGUGGGGACACAAUACAGAGUAGAGUAUAAAUGUUCUGAAUGUGAAUCUUGGUCCUCAGUGACAACAUGCACGAAUGUAUCCAGCUCUGGAGAGUGUGAGGUGACAGAAGAGUUUAAGGUUUGGCUUUCUCACUAUAGGGCUCGGGUUCAAGCCUUUAAUGGAGCAAGUCAAUCCAACUGGAUUUCAUCCGCCAACUUCAUGCCUCUUUCAGACACAAUCCUGGGUCCACCUGACGUGUCUGUCACUGGAUGUGGAGAUUGUCUUUUGCUGAAGCUCAAACCUCCCAUAGGAAAAGGCCCAAAACCUCUGCUGGACAUUUACCAUGAGUUUGACUAUACCAUUAUUAUGAAAAACAAUGGCGAGAGAGAGAUUUCCGCCAGUAAACCAGAGUUUGUUCUUGAGAAGUUGGAGCCUGGCACAGAGUACUGUGUAACAGUGUGGAUGUACCGCAUUGGAAUGAAUAUGAACUCAAAGCCCUCUGAGCCACAAUGUGCAUUCACUAGUCCUCAGCCUGUCAGCAAAGUUGCUUUUCAGGUGGUUCCAUUGUGUAUCAUUUUGCUGCUGUGUGGAGUGCUAGUGGCUGCCUUGUUCUAUAGUGGCUUCCUAUGCCCACUUAAGAUACCCUUCCCUAAAGUACUGGCUUCUUUUACUUCUGCUAGCAGAGCCUGCAACCUACAGAAGUGUUUAGUUCUAGAGAGAUGCCCUGUGGACCAUGUCACUGUUCUCUCUAAACGAGAUGGCAGGGAGAAAAGCAGAGGUAAAAUGUGCAAAGACUCCAGUGAGAGCGAGGAGACUGACAGUGAGGAGGCAUAUUUGUACGAAAAGUGGAUUCCAGGCCAAAGAAGUUGCAAUAGCGAACCUAUUGACAAUCAAGUGAUUCCUGUGGAGAAUGGGCAAGCCCUUGAUCCAAGUGAUCCAGCACAGGCAUUGUGUCUGGUUGUGUGUGGGAAGACAGCAGGGCCUCCAGUGGAGCAGCCAGACCUGGAGCCACUUGAGCCCUUACUUGAGAGGAGAGACUCUGUAGAGGAGGAAAGCUGCCAAGAUGUCAAUUUGUUUUCAGUGACGUUCGGGACUACUGAUGAAGAAAUCUUAGAGAUCCCUUCAGUUGAGAUGGAAGUAGAGAAGCAACCGGAGGAUAGCAAACGCCUUCCAGAAAAACUGCAACAGUCUCCAUUAUUAUACCUUCUUAAUACAGAAAUUAAAGACGAAAAGGAGCAGAGAUUGUGUUCGGAUUCGGAGGAGGAGGAUGACUCUGAGUUUUCUGGGUACAUGAAGCGUUAAUCCUUAACAAGAAAAAAUUCAGACCACCUACUAUAUUUCAAGUCUGAGCGUUUGCCAUGUUUUGAUGAAUGACAAAGGUUUCGAGAGUGGUAAUAGUUUGUAAACGGAUGAUAACACAGUACAGAUCUUCAGUCUAAAUAUCUGUAUUUUAGACUUACUACCUUUUAAGGAUAUGUUGGGAAGGUCAGAAGAAGCUCUGUGAAUGAAGAUCAAAUACUGGUAACCAGGUUAAAGAGUGAGCAGCUUCAAAAAGAAAAUUGUUGUUAAGGGGCUUUUACCUGAGUUCAGGAGCUCCUUUUCAGUUCUAGGAAACGGACAGUAAUCAAAAAAAAGGUUUUUAAGAGACCAACAUAUCAAAAGAGCUGGCCUCCACCUUCUGAGCAGACAGACAAGUCCCAACAUCCUGUCAGCCCAGCUAGUCACUGGAGAUCGCUGGAGAUAUGACUCCUUCCGUGUGGCUCUGCAGAUUUGGGAAUACUGUAUCUCUAUGUUCUGCAUGGCCCCAGUAUUGAAUGUUUGGAGCUAUAGUUUAAACAAUUUAUAUGUUGGUGUGCCAGUUGAGAUUGUUUCCAGCAAUCGCCAUUAUGAACUACAAUUAAUGCUGGUCAAGACUGAUGCCACCAAAGUGCUUGAACUGGGGACAGCUUCUUUUGUGGAUUACUUCACGAGAUAGGCUGCAAAUAGACGGAAAUAGACUGCACAAUGUGCUUAUGUUGUUGGUCAGGAACAUUGCUGAGGUUUAAUUGUAUUCUUGAUAUGUAUUUUUGCAUACAACUGUAUGGGUAAAUAAAUAAUAAUAAAAGAAAGUAAUAUUUAAAUUGAGUGAUAAAUUGUGCUGCCUACGGACUAAAAUCGGUUAUUUGCUUUACUAUCUGCUGGCAAACUGGCAGUUGUGUCCCAAUUGAAAAAUACUAAAUUUUAAAGCUUAAAGUUGGGACUUUUUCGUAUUACAGCAGUCAUCUAUGGCUGUAUAAACAGUUUCCGAACCAACACAACAGAAGACAAACCGAUCAUGAAUGUAGGCGGUGUAAAUGUAUCUGGACUCCGCUGUAGCCCAGCAGUA